AUGGCGACGAGCAUGCAGCAGAUGGCUGCCACCAUCACCGAGCGCUCCAAGACACUCAUCAACAACGACCUCAAAAAGAUUCUCAAAGAGGAGGGCACCUCGCAGACGGGCAACAAGGCCGCACUGCAAGCGCGCGUCAUUGGCCUCAUCGCCAAUGCCGUUGCUAGGAGCGACACCGACCUGCUGCGGCGACUGCAAUACCGCGUGCAACACCACGGCGAAGCGCCUCCACCAGCCACGAGCAGUCCCGUCGCCUCCUCGUACUCGCAGCCCCCUCCGCCCAUCGCGAACGGGUACAGCAUGGCCAACGGCUACCAAAGCAACGGCGCAUACCAGCCAUACCAACAGCCCCAGCAGCCCCAGCAGCCACCCAUGCCGCCACGCCCGACCUAUUUCUUCAAGGAGAGCCCUUUCUUUGAGAUUCGCGAGCUGAUACUAAGUAACAUGUCUCUGGACGCUUCGCCGACCCACCGUGCCACCAUAUCGCGUAACCUCACCCUCAACGAAAGCCAGUCCGGACGCCUAAAGACAGACCCAUCUUUGCGCCUGCUGCUCUUCUCUGCGCUCGAACAGCCAUUAGCGCCCUUCUCGCGUCUCGAUAUCGCAUUCCCAUCUCAAAUUGAGGUCAAGGUCAACGACGACGAGGUAAAGGCCAACUACAAGGGUUUGAAGAACAAGCCAGGCUCUACGCGCCCCGCCGACAUCACCGACUUCGUCCGCACCAAGGUCGCCAACCAGCGCAACAGCAUCCUCAUCACCUACGCCCUGACUCAGAAGGCAAGUCGGUCGGAGAAGUACAACCUCUUCGUCUACUUGGUCAGGAAGUACUCAGUCGACGAGCUCACACAGCGCAUCAAGCAGCGCCACGUCAUCACGAGGCAGUCUGUGCUCAAUGAGAUGAUGAAGAAGGCCAAUGACCCCGACAUCGAAGUUGGCUCCAGCGUCAUGUCGCUCAAGGACCCAAUCUCUACCCUGCGCAUUGUCACCCCAUGCAGGUCGACUGUGUGCACACACAAUCAAUGCUUUGACGCCGACUCAUUUCUGCAGCUCCAGGAGCAAGCUCCCACAUGGACAUGCCCAAUAUGCAGCAAGACCAUAUCAUACGAAGGCUUGGCCGUCGACCAGUACGUUGAGGAAAUCCUCAACAAGGCCCAGAACACGGACCAGGUCACCAUCCAGCCAAGCGGACAAUGGUCGACCGAAAAGGAUGAGAAGCCCAAACAAAACGGGCACAAUGGGCAUCAUGACGAUAGUGAUGAUGACCUCAUCGAGAUACCAGAUUACCGUAUACAGGCCAUCAAGACCGAAGCUGCGCCGACACCCACUUCGCUCAGCACCCCUCCACUGCCUUCUCGCGAGACAUCCACAGCCCCCCGGUCUGGCCAGAAGAGAAAAUCCGAAGUAGUGGAUCUGACCUUGAGCGAUGAUGAUGAGCCAUCGUCCACUGCCACCAACCUACCAUAG